GAAAAGCCUUUUAUUUGCUAAGACAGCUUCUCGAUUCCGGUCUGAGGACGAGAACCUCCCUGAUUCAUCCGGAAUAUCUUUCCAGACGAGCUCCGGAGCCUUAGAAUAGAAACCUAUUUCCUCCUGGAUACAGCUCGUAAUUACAAUUCAUGAUGACACCCUUUUUCACAUGAGCGUCUGAACCAGCGCCGCGUCUUCCUCCGACCUCAGGCCCGAUGAUUGUUCACCGCUUGCGUGACGGCGUUUUGCAGGCAGCCGAGGCAUAAGCCUCCGUUCACGACUCGUUUCUGUACAUCAUACGCAUUUAUAAUUGCCAUAUUAGCAUUAGGGCUAUGGACGCACGGAUACAGCGUCGACACAUGCACCGAUGGAUGAAUUAGUCCAGACGUUGAGUAUCGCGAUGCCCGCGACAGCGAUGCCUAUUUUUUCUUUGAGGUUCAGGAACACGCCUGGAAGGUUAAUUGCUUGCCUCAGUGAAGCUUGGCCAGGGGUCAGAGGUCACCCGCUAAACCUGCACAUCUCCCUCCUACCCCUGCACCCCCCCACCCUACCCUUCUACCACAUCCUCCAGCCUUGGCACCAUACACUGUUUCUCCCAAGCACUGGAGGUGUUUAAAGUCACUGUCCCUACCUUCCUGUCACACAUUCACAGAACCGACCUUCUGACCUUACCUGCCCCCCCCCCCCCAGCCAAUCAGCCUGAGACCACUGUCCACAGAAACGUCUUCAUUGGUCAUUUCAUGCCGAGAACUGUUCAGUCCUUUACCAGACACUGAACCUAAGUGUCCCAGACGUGUUCCUAGUUAACACCUCUCACACCCAGGCCUCAAAAUGAUGUGCGAGGUGAUGCCCACCAUCUCUGAAGAUGGACGCGGAGGAGGGGGCUCAUCAUCCCCGGCGGGAGGAGGAGGAGGGAUGGGCGGAGGGAUGGGAGGCAUGGGCGGCUAUGGCAGCCGGGACCCCCGUGGCGGCGGAGACGAGGGGGGGAGCACGGGCAACUUGGAGUCGCUGAUGGUGAACAUGUUGACGGAGAGGGAGAGGCUGCUGGAGAGCCUGAGGGAGACCCAGGAGAGUCUGGGGACGGCCCACCUACGCCUGCGAGAGCUGGGCCACGAGAAGGAGUCGCUACAGAGGCAGCUGUCCAUCGCCCUGCCACAGGAGUUUGCAGUGCUGACCAAAGAGCUGAACCUCUGCCGGGAACAGCUGCUGGAGAGAGAAGAGGAAAUCGCAGAGCUGAAGGCAGAGAGGAACAACACGCGACUGCUGCUUGAACAUCUGGAGUGCCUGGUGUCGCGCCACGAGCGCAGCCUGAGGAUGACGGUGGUGAAGAGGCAGGCCCAGUCCCCGGCGGGGGUCUCCAGCGAGGUGGAGGUCCUGAAGGCGCUCAAGUCCCUGUUUGAGCACCACAAAGCGCUGGAUGAGAAAGUGCGGGAGCGGCUACGGGUGGCUUUAGAGCGGGUGGCCGCCCUGGAGGAGGAGCUGCAGUCGUCCUCCCAGGAGGUUGUUUCUUUGAGGGAGCAAAUCAAACGGCGACAGCAAGGACUAGACAACGGCAAAGAGCGGCUUCCCAACGGCCCGUCCUCCAUCAUGGACGAUGGAGAAAUCGACAGGCAGAGGGAGGGCGAGAUCGAGAGACAGAGGGUGGAGCUGGGACAGCUGAAGGAGAGACUGGCCCUCAUGUGCAGACAGGUCGGAGAGAUCGAAGAGCAGCUGACGUCCGCCAGGAGGGAGCUGACCCGGUCCGAGGAGGCCAACCAGAAGCUGCAGAGAGACGUGAAGGAGGCUCUGUGUCAAAGGGAAGACAUGGAGGAGAGAAUCACCACACUGGAGCGCAGGUACCUGAGCGCCCAGAGGGAGGCGACGUCUCUCCACGACAUAAAAGAUAAACUGGAAAACGAGUUGGCCAGCAAAGAGUCCCUCCACAGACAGAGCGAGGAGAAGAACCGGCAGCUUCAGGAGCGCCUGGACGACGCCAAGCAGAAGCUGCAGCAAACUCUGCAGAGAGCGGAGACGCUGCCCGAGAUCGAGGCCCAGCUCGCGCAGAGAGUGGCAGCGCUCAACAAGGCAGAGGAGCGUCAUGGCAACUUUGAGGAGCGACUGCGACAGAUGGAGGCGCAACUGGAGGAGAAGAACCAAGAGUUGCAGCGAGCCAGGCAGAGGGAGAGGAUGAACGAUGAGCACAACAAGCGUCUCUCAGACACAGUGGACAAGCUGCUGUCCGAGUCCAAUGAGAGACUGCAGCUGCAUCUAAAGGAGAGAAUGGCCGCGCUGGAGGAAAAGAAUGCCCUUUCUGAGGAAUUAUCCAACAUGAAGAAACUCCAAGAUGAUCUUUUGGCAAACAAGGACCAGCUGAUUGCUGAGCUGGAACGGCUUCAGCUGGAGUUAGAUCAGCUGAGAACGAGAUCAGGAGGCUCUUAUUCCAGUCGUUCUCUGCCAGGUAGUGCUCUGGAGUUGAGGUAUUCCCACGGAGGCGGGUCCCUCCCUGCAGGCUCCACUACACACCUAGAUCCCUUCAGUAAUGGGAAGGUCCGGCGAAGGCACCGUUGGAGCUCCGCCCGGGAGGACUCUACCAAGUCACCCCUUUUGCAGUACCCAGACUGGGAGAGCGGGGCUCUGCUGGUGACCGGGUUCGAGCCGGGGAUAGACGUUGGCUGCUCCGAUGAUGAGGACGAUGGCGAGCACCGCUUUGGCUCCGAGCUGUUGUCUCCAAGCGGACAGACAGACGUGCAGACUCUGGCCAUCAUGCUGCAGGAACAGCUGGAGGCCAUCAACAAGGAGAUCAAACUGAUCCAAGAGGAAAAGGAGAACACAGAGUUGCGGGCUGAGGAGAUCGAGAGCCGGGUGAGCGUGUCACUGGAUAGUCCGCCCAUCCCACCGUCCACCCUGGGGAGAGACAGCACAGGACGCGGCUUCAUUCCUUCAUCCAUCACAUCCUCCACACUGGCCUCUCCCUCUCCUCCCAGCUCUGGACAUUCCACGCCUCGCCUGCCUCACUCCCCUGCCCGCGAGACUGAUAGACAGAACAGCAAAGAUGAUGAUCGGUCUCUUGCCCUCCUUGACUCCACACCUCCUCCCACUCCUCGUGCUCUGCGACUGGACAGGAUGACCCUCACCCAUCCAGGCGCAAUGCUUGACGACCCCAGGGAGUUUCGCAGUCUCUCUGCAGAUGGCAGCAGCUCCAACAGCAGCCAGGACUCUCUCCACAAGUCCAGUAAGAAGAAAAGCAUCAAGUCUUCCAUUGGUCGGCUUUUUGGAAAGAAGGAGAAGGGGAGGCUGGGCCAGCCGGGGCGGGAUGGAUCUGCUUCUCUUGCAUCUACUCCCUCUGAAGACCUGGCGUCUGGAGACUCAAUGGGGAUAAACAAGACCGGGACUCUGGGUCCAGCAGACAAAGAUCGCCGCAGCAAGAAGAAGCAUGAGCUACUGGAGGAGGCAUGUCGCCAAGGACUUCCCUUUGCAUCUUGGGAUGGACCCACUGUUGUAUCCUGGUUGGAGCUGUGGGUGGGAAUGCCAGCCUGGUAUGUGGCCGCCUGCCGGGCCAAUGUGAAGAGCGGCGCCAUCAUGGCCAACCUGUCGGACACAGAGAUCCAGCGGGAGAUCGGAAUCAGCAACCCGCUGCACCGCCUCAAGCUGCGGCUGGCCAUCCAGGAGAUGGUGUCCCUCACCAGCCCGUCGGCCCCGGCCAGCACUCGCUCGUCGACCAGCAACGUAUGGAUGACCCACGCAGAGAUGGAGUCCCUGAAUGCAGCCACCAAGCCUCCGGAGUUGAAGGAGUUCAGCUGGGAUCAGAUACUGGCCUACGGUGAUAUGAAUCAUGAGUGGGUGGGCAACGACUGGCUGCCCAGUCUGGGUUUGCCACAGUAUCGCAGCUACUUCAUGGAGUCCCUGGUGGACGCACGCAUGUUGGACCACCUGACUAAGAAGGAACUGCGAGGACAGCUCAAAAUGGUGGACAGCUUUCACAGGGUCAGUUUGCAUUACGGCAUCAUGUGCCUGAAGCGUUUGAAUUACGACCGCAAGGAGCUGGAAAGGAGGCGAGAGGACAGCGCCCACCAGAGUAAAGAUGUGAUGGUGUGGUCCAAUGAGCGCGUGAUGUGCUGGGUCCAGAAUAUUGGUCUGAAGGAGUACGCGGACAACCUCCGUGAGAGCGGCGUCCACGGGGCUCUGCUGGCUUUAGAUGACACCUUUGACUACACGGACCUGGCCCUGCUGCUGCAGAUCCCCAAUCAGAACACACAGGCCAGACAGCUCCUGGAGCAGGAGUACAACUCCCUCAUCUCCAUGGGAACGGAGAGACGACCUGAUGAGGAUGGAGCUAAGACGUUCACCCGCUCGCCCUCCUGGAGGAAGAUGUUUAGGGAGAAAGACCUACGGGGCGUGACCUCUGACUCUGCAGAGACCCUGCCUGCUAACUUUCGUGCCUCAGCCAUCUCCACGCCCUCAGUUACCCUGAGAAAGGUUCAGAGUGACGCCAACUCCGGUGCCCGGGGUGAAUCUGCCUCAGUAAGGACGUACUCCUGUUGAAGGGCUGAGGGCGCUGACUGGAAUGGGACCCUCUCGCUCAUCCACGAAGAAAAAAAAAAGCAAUGAAUAUAACCACGUAACUUCAAAAUAAAUCGGUCUGACCACUCUGCAAUAACAGAAGCAAAGGAGUGAGAAGGAAAAUGACGCGAAGAAUGUAUCGAUGUUUUUUCCGACCCGAGCGAGGACGCCGAACGGGACGAGCUGUCUCUCUCUCUGUCUCUCUCUUCCUGCAUUGUGUCUGUACUCUCUCUCUCUCUCUCGGUGUGACCGCGGCAGAGGUGAGCGCUUGUGUUGCCCGUGCAGGUUUGUGUGAGUUGACAGUAUCAGGGCUUCUUUACCUACGGUCAAAGGAAAACUCUCGUGUCUUACACCCAAAAAACUAAACACGCUUGUGGAGGCAGCAGGAAAGCUUAGAUUUUAGAAUCAAGUCGUCUGAGAGGCUGAGUUGUAAAAGGAUUAGAGGAGACGCUACAGGGACAUAAACAUGUUACAGUCCUAAGAGGCACUGGUGUUCCUCUUUGUACUCGUGGGCUGGUCGGUGUCUAGUGUCAGCCAUUGUGGUUUGCGUGUCUAAUUGUCCCCAAUUGGUUGGAGCAGUGUUCAGACCCCCAUUUACUGUAGCAGUGACCACAUCGGAGGGGGCCCUCGCUCUUUGUCUAUUGGCACCUUUAAAGUCGACACUGUCUCUUUUGAAAGGACUCCAUUAUACACAUCAAAGGCACAGAGGUUGAUGGGACAGGGAGGACCCAGGCCAUGCGUCCAUUGUGUUCCGUGAGUCCGUGAUGCAGGUUGCAGGAAGUCCUUAAAGUUUGUGUGUCUCUAUUGUCAAGAGCAUUUUUACAAGCGGUUUAUAAAACAGUAGUGGGUUUGAUGGAGUGUUGCAUUGUGAAUAAUGUAUUUCAAUGUAAUUCUGCAUCUUCUGCCCCAACUUUUCUAAAGCGUACUAUUUAAAUUAGCUUAUUAAGUUUUAUAGAUUUAUUAAGAGCUAUUAUUAAAACAUAUUUUGGGUCAUCAAGGUGUGAAACAUCUACUUUAAUUGACUCCACCAAUAGAUAUCUCAGAAAAAAACUAAGGUACUGUUAAAGUCUUAUAAGCACACAGCUGCAGAUGUUAGAAUAUUUAUGUCAUUUAAAAAAAGACUAUAUUUAAACCUUAAGCUGAGCUACAGUAGCAACUUGUCUACCCUAAAAAAAUGAAACUUUAGUGGCUCACUGUACAGGUUGGCUCAGACCUCUGUGGUCCCCAGAGGAGGUGAUCGCUGCACAUUUCAGUUAGCACCCCCCCAGAUACUGCACUUCCACCAUCCCUCUAUGCCAACACAUGACAAUGAUGCAUAAUUAUAAACGUAAUGGACAUCAGCAUAUUGAUGUAGUCAUUAAUAAUAAUUAUAACAAACAUAUUAUAUUAAAAUAGACAUUUGGAGACAGAGUCGCCAAGAAUGUUUUGUGGUUAUGUCUCAUAAUGAGCAGCUCAGGGUCUCGGUUUAUCCUGAUGAUGGGAGAGGGGACAGAGAGACAACAGCGAGAAGGCAGAGAAUGACUGAAUGGGAGGAAAGACGACACAAAAGGAUGGACAGGAGCCGCUCAUUUUACUGCACACACAAGCCAUAACAGAAACCAGGAGCUCUCUGGGGGACGAGAUCAGAGAGAGGCAGGAAGAGAGGGGCGAGCCCGAGGAAGCCCAGGAAACAAAACCUUUAGCCUCUGUGUUUACGAUGCAUGUCAAACAAACGACAAUGACCUAAAACGUUUUUUUGGUGGUGAAGAUGAUAUGAGGUGUUGUUAAAAAAUAUAUAUCUGUAUGAUAAACCUACAGGGGGUGGGAGCCUGGGGAUCAAUUUGUAAAAUGUGUGUAUUUUUUUCAGUUGUAUUUUUUAUUUUUUACAAUAACUAUUUAUUUUCUUUAGGUAUGUAUUGAAUAAUUGUAUGUACAUGUUCUGUUCCUUCUUGGCUUCAUUUGAACUAGUUUUAAAAGUAAAUAUGAAACACUGAAAAUGGUCAUUCAAAUACGCUACUGUAUGUGUACAUUUUGAGAACAAAUUGUGCAAUGACUUAUCAGAUUUCCAUGAUUAAAGUGAUAGUAAUACAAAUUGAAAAAUAUCAUCUGAAAAAUAAACAAUAAUGAUGAUGACAAUGAUGAUAAUAAUGAAAAUGGUGAUGUGAAGAAAAAAAAAUAAAGCAAUCCAGGUGGAUCUGCUAAUCAUCACAAA